GACCUUGGUGUGAAUAACAGGAGCGAAAUAUAAAUGUUGAUUAAAGCCAGUGUGUCAGGUCAGCUUUUAUAUGAAUGGUUUCCACAAACUCAUCAUUAGAAAAGCCUCCCUGUUGUGUAGGCAACACUUUCCUGAGAAUUGAAAAUGGCUGUGGGAGUUUUCCCCAGACCUCACUGACUGUAGCUAUGAGCAUGAUUUAAUCAUAUCGGUGAACGUUAUUGACUGGAAACUCAAUCAAAUGUCUUGCAUGGCCGGGAUCAUAAUUUCUAAGCAUAAGUAGAUCAUAAACCCCAGCUUUACAUAAGAUAAUUAAAUGAUAGAACAACAGUUUAAAUUAGGUUACGUUAGCAGAGACACAGUUACUGUACACAGGAAACAUUGAAGUCUGGAUCCAAGUUCCAACACAUAUUGUAGAUAUGCCACUUCCGUUCUGCUUCCUGUUGACAGUCUAUGUGUCUAUAUUUAAACAGUGUGAUAUAAAAUACUCCAAUACCCGACUGCCAAAAACCUCUUGAGCCAUUAUUGGACAUAACCGUCUUCGGAAAGACCAUCGUCUGCUGGUGUACUGAAAACCAAACCCCAUUGGCACAUGGAAUACAUACAGUCAGUGAGCAGUUGGCAUGAACCCAGCUGUGCCAUUGCUAACAUUCUAUUUAUACCCUAGGGUCCAGGGGCCAUUUUAGAAGAGCCUUGUCUAUUCUUAGUUUGUGUCUAGGUCAUUAUGUGAAUGGAUUCUGCUUCUCCACACUAAGACAAAGCAGGCACCAUGCUGACCAGCAUUACAGAUGGGAUCCUGUGCUGUCUGACUGGGAAGGCUGCCAGCCUGGUGAUGCCCGUCGACUCUUCUGAGCCAGCGGACACCUUCGAGUUUGUAGAAGUGAAGCCUGGGAGAGUCCUCAGGGUUCGCCACAUCAUGCCCGAGCGCCGGGCACCAGUAGUGACGGAGGAGGACCAAGUAAAGGAGCCAGAGCAGGAGAAGGGCAGUGGAAACAGCAACAACAGUAGCAGUGUGCACUGCAAGCGCAAGAUCACUGUCUACCGCAACGGCCAGCUAGUCAUUGAGAACCUUGGUGACGUGCUGCACUCUGAGAUUGUCCAGUGCCAGAAUGGAGACCUGGAGCCCUGCAGCACCGUGGAGGUGGAACUGGCCGACUAUAAGGAAGUGCCCACAUCUCCUGAACCAAAACCCGCGCCUCCCCUGUCCAUGGUCGGGGAGCAGAAACCCGCACCCCCGCCUCGCCGGCGCCGCCGAAAGCCCAAGCGCAUGGUGAUGAUUGACUCGGAGAGGGAGAUAUCCAGCUGCAAGGGGACGCACUCAGACGUGGCGCUCUUUUUCGUGCACGGGGUCGGCGGCUCGCUGGACAUCUGGGGCAGCCAGCUGGACUUCUUCUCGCGGCUAGGGUAUGAGAUCAUCGCACCUGACCUGGCGGGCCACGGGGCCAGCAGGGCCCCCCACAUUGCGGCGGCCUACACCUUUUACGCCUUGGCUGAAGACAUGCGUGCCAUCUUCAAGAAAUACGCCCGUAAACGCAACAUCCUCAUUGGGCACUCCUAUGGGGUAUCAUUCUGUACUUUCCUGGCCCAUGAGUAUCCAGACCAGGUUCACAAGGUAGUGAUGAUCAAUGGAGGGGGGCCCACAGCUCUGGAGCCCAGCCUCUGUUCCAUCUUCCAGUUGCCUUCUUGUGUGCUGCACUGCCUGUCUCCCUGCCUGGCCUGGAGCUUUCUCAAGGCUGGGUUUGCCCAUCAGGGAGCCAAAGAGAAGCAGCUGCUGAAGCAGGGCAAUGCCUUCAACGUGAAUCCAUUCGUGCUGCGUGCCAUGAUGAGUGGGCAGUACUGGCCCGAGGGGGAUGAAGUGUACCACGCUGAGCUAACCGUGCCCAUCCUGUUGGUGCACGGCAUGUACGACAAGUUUGUGCCCAUUGAUGAGGACCAACGCAUGGCCGAGAUCCUUCUGUUUGCUUUUCUGAAAGUCAUCGAGGAGGGCAGUCACAUGGUGAUGAUGGAGUGCCCUGACACAGUCAACACCCUCCUGCACGAGUUUUUCCUAUGGGAGCCUGACAUGUCCAAAAAGAACACCGCCAAGACUGAUCCUGACAAGACUGUCAUAGUCAAUGGUGUUGUCGCCCAGACACCAAAACCAAACAAGCCCAUGGACAAAUAACCAAUAAUGAGUCUCAUUUUACAUGAGCAAACCCAAUCCGAGGGCCUGUCUUUGGCAGGUGGCACGUGGUCUUAAGGCUGCUCGCAGGCUGAGAGCUGUUAUUAACUGGGCCAGAGUUUGUUGUGGAAGUGGAGGGGAGGCACCUGGUGCUCCAAGCUAGAGUUGGCAUCUGAAUAGGACUGUGGCAAGAAAAAUGAAGAAAAGGAUGGAAAGAAGAGGAAUCUGACAGAGAUGCGUGUUUCUCUUUCCCCUUUGACAGCUGUCUGUGCUUCAUCAUGUGGUGUAUGUAAUCAGACAGACCUCGGGUCCAGAGGAUGUUAUUAAAACACAAUAUCCAUUUGUAAUUCUCUCGAGUACCAAAGUUGGUUGGUGAGUGGACCAUUGUGAACCAAAGCGAGGAAGGCAUGACCAUUAAAUGGUGUGUGGAUCGCCUUGCUACCUAUCAUCCAUUAUCUUGUGAGUAAUAUUUCACUGCUGAUUGGUGUCCUGACGAAAUUAUGAUCUUAUAAAACUGGGUCCAUAUUAUGGAUUCACUUCAAAGCGGAAAAUAAUUCACUUGGAAAACUGUGAAACUAUCCAGACAAUACGGCAGGUAGCCUCGUGGUUAGAGGGUUGGGCCAGUAACCGAAAGGUUGCUAGAUCAAAUCCCCGACCUGACAAGGUAAAAAUCUGUCGUUCUACCCCUGAACAAGGCAGAUAGCCCACUGUUCCCUGGUAGGCCGUCAUUGAAAAUAAGAAUGUGUUCUUAAUUGACUUGCCUAGUUAAAUAAAGGUUAAAUAAAUGUUUUCAAAAAAAUGACAAUUAAAAAAUACAAGUCAAUGAGUGACUGGUGUAUUAUGGGAGUAAGAUUUGCCAUGCCACAUUGCGAUCCAGUUUGCAUGAGGUCAUCAUCAUGGUAAUCACCCCUACUAAGCAGGUUAUAGUGUUGACUGGAUGGAAGUGGUGGAUGGAUUGGUAAUUGUUAAAUAAUAAAAAAAAUAAUGCCAUUUAGCAGACGCUUUUAUCCAAAGCGACUUACAGUCAUGUGUGCAUACAUUCUAUGUAUGGGUUGUUAUGGCAACAAGUUACUACAAGACAUACACCACACACCUAAACAAAUGGGCCAUACAAAGUUCCACAACCUCAUAAAAUAUAAUCAAGCCAAAGUAAAGCUGUUAAAACAUGUCCUUAAGCAAACUAAUUAUCUGUCAGUUGCAGUCAGUAUCUGUCUGUGCAUUCAUUCACACCUGCAGUCUAGGAUACAGGUUCGCUUUUGAAACAUAGUGAUUCAUCUAUACUCAACAUGGAGCAUUUUGCCUCAAGAACAUUUUGCGGUGUUAUCUGAUAUUAUGCAUUUAGAAACCUAUGCUUACUCUGUGUCUACGUUAUGAAUUAUCUAACCUAACUGGACUAUUUGAAGUUGCUGCAUGAAUAGGCUUUUAAGAUAUUAGAGAAUGUUCUUGUCAAUAUACAGUUGAGAAAUCCAAAAACCUCCCCUGUCCUCUGAGAGUAUAAUCUAAGCGGUAUUAUGGACAGAGGAGAUGUUGGACCAAAGCUUUGGUGAUAGGCAAUCCAAAUAGUAGUCCAUAACAAUUAUUUUUAAAUACUGAUGCUAGUUAUUCAACUAACAAUAGGGCAACUAAUUUUGCCUCGGAAUUUGAUAUAACACCAUUAUGAAUGAUGUUGUUCUUCUGUCUACCAGAUAGUAUAGCAAAGCAUUGUCCUCCACUACCCUCCAGUCAAUCUGUUUAUACUUGCAAUGUCAAAGGUGGUCCAUGAUAAUAAGCGAAAGGACAUACGUUUUCAGGUGCUCAUUUGUGAAUGUUUUCUUCUCUCAUAAUGAGAGUGUGUGAUUUGAUCUGUGAUUAGGAAGUAGGAAGCACAGUAACACAUGUAUCUGAUUCAAUCUCUCCGACUGUUAACAUGCUUUACUCACAUAUGCAUUAUCCUGAGAAAGGAUCAGAGAUGAUUAUGCAAUUUCUAAGGAGAUGAGUUAUGAACUGUACAGAAAGAUAAUGCAUAAGUAAUGGAAACAAGUAGGUUGAGGAACAAAUUAGUUUGAAUUGGCUGUUGAAAAGAAGAUGUAUUUAUGUAGACUGUCAAAAAUAACAUGAAGUGCUGCUGAUCCAGUCUGCUUAGGCACUGUAUUGAUUGUUCCGACAGCUAUAUGGAUUGAAGGGCGUACAUUUGCUUCCUCCACUUAAUGUCUAAAAAAACAGUCUCUCCUAUCCAGUGUGCUAUCAUUUGUGGUUAAAAAUGUGUAAAUGUCAUUAAUGCAUUUAUUCCUAGACAUCAGAACUCAUGCACUGCCUGAAUGUAGGUGCAUAUACAGUUCAGAUAUAUGGACAUGUUCAGUUGAGUGUAUGAAUGUGCCUUUCCUGGCAUGAAAUAAAACAAAUGUUUACA